GCCUGCUCUUCAGUUUUCAUACGCAGCUUGAAUGGGGUAGCUGCACCUGGGGACUCCGCCGUCUCGCUAUAGUCAUGCCCAACGAACGAGACAACUUUCUUGUCGAUUGUAGGAUUCAUUCCGGUGUAGAUCUUGAAGUUCUGCGUGAAGUCUUAUUAGACCUUCGACGCCGACCCAUGGGUAACAAUUGAUACGUACAAUGACAAUUUUACCGGUACUGCUAUUCCGAAGCAGUAAACGGCGAGCGCCACUCUCUUUGUGUUUCUUCAGUCGAAGCACACCUGCAACCAUGCAUGAGACUCGUGGCCAACGUGAAUGCGGAAAUAAAGACCAACCAAUGCCCAUAUCACCCCAUUCCUGUCCUCCACCGCUCUUCUUCACCGUCUUGAAAACCUUAGUUCGGAUCUCAUGGGUCGUGACCUCAUCUUCCUCCCCCUCACCCUCCAUAUCAUGAAUAGACGUAGAUGGGAACAAGGGCUGAGCAGGCUCUUCAGUUGGGGUUGCGCCACCCGAACCUCCAGAAGACUCAUCCCGGGCUUCCUUCUCAGCAGGCUUUGAUGUAGUCGGCAACGGGGCAAAUGAGAAUCCAGAGGGUUUGGAAGGACCGAACGGAGAUGACGAUUCACCUUCUCCAGUUUUGGAUAGAUUGCCAAAUCCGAAACCAACUGGGUUGCCGAUGUUGCCUGCACUCUUUGCUGCUCCAAACCCGGCAAACGGCGAGGGCUUCCCUGGUGAAGUUGCACCAAAGGCGAAGGUACUGCUAGAUGAGUAUGACUUCUCCGAUGCGCUAAACGUGGACGCGCCGCUGAAAAUGGAACUGGUGCUGCCCGCUGGGGGAGCGAUAUCAGCUGUUUCUGCCGGCUUUUCUUUUUCCUUCUCUGCACCUUUCGGUUGUUCCGGAGCGGAAAACAAGUUGCUGGAGAAGACUGAAGGGGCAGUUGAAGGACCGCCAAAAGGACCGCUGGCUAGAGAUGAGGGUGCACCAAAUACAGUACUCGUCGAUGACGACGAGCUGCCAAAGCUGAACAGCGAUGACGAAGAGGAAGUGGAAGUGGGUACGGGAGUCGUUGUGGAGGUUGAUGGAGGGGGGAAAGUGAAAGGACUGGCUUUGCUCAAGGAAGUUGAUGUGUCUACCUUGGGCACAAAGCCGCCUCCUGAAGGAGCAGCUAAAGCUGACGAGGACGGAGGAGCCGAGAAACCGGCAAAGCCACUAGGAGGUGCAGGCAUUGAUGUUGGUGUGGGCGGCGUAGUGGUCUUUGCCUGUGAGUCCGCCGAUUUACCGAAUGCAGACACGGGCGGCGCUGGUGCUGAAGGUUUCGAGGUGGUAGAAGCCGCAGCUGGCGAUUGAAGUUUCUUUAGACUUUCGUCAUAUUCGGACUUGACACCAAUGCGCAACUCUUUGUAACGAGCGAGCAGAUCUGCAACAUCAAGAAACGGGUCGGUUUGGACUGCUUUCGAGACAGCUGUUAGGAGGGACGCGUUCAGGCCGCGUAAUGCAGCGAGGUAUUUCG